AAUGCAUUAUUUUUCGAACUGCAUGACCUGUUAGAUAAGGAUAACAUACUAGUUAGUUUUAUAAAUUUCAGAAGAACUUGGAGAGCCGCUAGUUGAACAUCUGAAGAGGUUCGGUUCACUGGUGAAAUUAAUUCGUUCGACGGAAAGACUUGGCCUGAUCAGAGCAAAGUUAACAGGAGCUAAGGAGGCGAGCGGUGAAGUGCUAGUUUUCCUUGACUCACAUUGUGAAGCGAAUUCCGGCUGGGUUGAGCCUUUGCUGGCACGUAUAAAGGAGAAACGAACAGCCGUUGUUUGUCCAAUCAUCGAUUCGAUAUCCAACUCCGAUCUCGCCUAUCUUGGAGGAUCACACGGAGGCAUGUUUCCUUUACAACGUCUUGGUUCAUCACCGACGAUGGCUGGCGGUUUAUUUGCUGCUAAUCGAGAAUAUUUUUUCGAAGUAGGCGGAUAUGAUGAAGAAAUGGAUAUCUGGGGUGGUGAGAAUUUGGAAAUCUCUUUCCGGGUAUGGAUGUGUGGAGGAUCGAUUGAGUUGAUUCCGUGCUCACACGUUGGACAUAUCUACCGUCCAGGACAUCCUUACAAUAUGACAGAUCAGAUUUUUGCUCCAACACAUACAGGUCGAAAUGGCAACGAAGAUGUACAUGGCACGAAUUCGAAGCGACUGGCAGAUGAUUUCGAUGUCGGAGACUUAACGGAACGAAAACAACUGCGAAAGCGUCUGAAAUGUAGAUCUUUCAAGUGGUAUCUGGAUAAUGUGAUACCGCAGAAAUUUGUUCCUGAUGAAAAUGUCUACGCUUAUGGACACGUCCGGACUGAACGCAGUCUUUGCCUUGACACUCUUCAGCGACUUGAAAACAAGGGUACAGUAAUUCUUGGUGUGUUUGCAUGUCAAGAAGGUGGAAGUGCUUCCCAGAUGUUUUCAAUAUCGAAGCGGCACGAAUUGCGUAGAGAAACUACAUGUGUGGAAGUGGGUGAUCAACUAAGACCAGAUGUCUACAAUGCGGUACUUCAGGAAUGUCGGGAAGACGUCAUUGUGGAGUUCCAGCACACCGAAAAUGGUGUACUUCGACAUAAAACGCGGGGAUUAUGUUUGGAUGUAGACGGAGUGGAAUCUGGUGGAGACAUCGUGUUCGUAUAUUGUGAUGAGACCAAAGCCAGCCAACGGUGGAAGUUUGACAAAUAUUUCAAGAUCGACUAA